UCUUAUUUUUUUUAAUUCUGUGCCAGAAGAGGAAAUCAAAGAGGAAAGUGGCGUCGAGUAGAGAGAGAAGAGAGGCCAGAGCAUCUCCUUCGGCGGAGAACAAAACAAAAGAGAGAGAUCCACCUCGGAACCCUCAUCGUCUCCUUUCCGGUCGCUUUUCCCUCCAAUUUUGUGAGUCCAGAUCGAGACGACGAGGGGAAGAUGAGGGAGGAGGAGGAGGAGGAGGGCGACUGGUUCGCGCGGUGGCAGGAGCAGCUGCCGUCGCCGGAGGAGCUCAUGCCGCUCUCGCAGAGCCUCAUCACGCCGGGCCUUGCCGUAGCCUUCGACAUCCCCAUCCCGGCCGGCAACCCCAGCUCCGCCGUCUCCCCUCACCACCACCACUUCCACCGCGCCGGUCCGGCGCUCACUUCCGCCUCCCCCAACCACCCCCCGCCGCUACUGCCUCCGCCGGACUUUGAGUCAUCCGAUCUCAACUCCGCCUCCGGCAGCGGCGGUGGAGGCAGCGGAGCCGGAGAUGAGCCCGCGCGGACGCUCAAGAGGCCUCGCCUCGUCUGGACGCCGCAGCUGCACAAGCGGUUCGUCGACGCCGUCGCGCACCUCGGGAUCAAGAACGCGGUUCCCAAGACCAUAAUGCAGCUCAUGAGCGUCGACGGCCUCACCCGAGAAAACGUGGCGAGCCAUCUCCAGAAGUACCGCCUCUACCUCAGGCGCAUGCAGGGCCACAACGCCUCCGGAGGAGCCGGCAGCGGCGGUCCGAUCUCUGCUGCUGACGCGGCUACCGACCAGUUGUUCGCAAGCGCCCCGGUUCCCCACCAUUUCCUCAGCCGUGGAGGACCAGUCACAGCGCCAGGGGCGCCCGAGCCGUUCCUGCCGUACGUGCCGGUGGCUGCGCUGCAGCACCACCAACAGAUUACCGCCGCUAUGCAGCAGCAACAAUACCACCAGAGGCAUUUGGGACAAUUCGGAUCUCCCACUGGUAGCGGAGUAUUUGACCAUGGGUUCCUGAACCGGGCGGCAGUGUCACCGUCAGGGAUACAUCAGAUGAUAGGACCGGCGCCGGGAAUGGGUUUGUUGCAGCAUACUGCAUCGCCGGCCGCCAACUUUUCCGAUGAUUUAGAGACUUCCGGAAGAGGAAGCAGUGGCGAGAAGAAGGUGCUGACCCUGUUUCCGACUGGUGAGGACUGAUUGCGCUCUUCUCUUCCUCCCUCGUCUACUUAAUUUCCAUGUUUAGAAGGUGUCAAUUAGAUGAUUACGGCUCGGGAAUAGUCUUCUUUAGAUAAUUCUUGGCGUCAUAUUCCUAUGUUCUUGCUAGGUCGGAGUGGUAAGCUAGCAGAAGAGGAAGCUAUAGUGUGGUAGUUCUCCACAUUAGAAUCGGAUGGGGGGUUGUUAAAUCCCCACAAAAAAUAUUGAAUUCAUCUUUCCAUAUAGUACUAAACUUCUAUUCAUCCCACUUCAGUAAUCAACCAUGGUUGUUUCUAAAA